AUAGCUUUACAGAUUUGGAUCCUUGUCCUAGCCUUGUGGACUGCUGCUUUCACUGUCUUGUGAUGCUAUAGCUACUGCCAUUCUCAUAGCCAGAACCUCAUGGUAAGUGAGGCUAGGCAGGAGCAGCUGAAGAGCCUGAGAGAAGGAUGAUAACAAUUCAGCAACCUAAGGAACAGCCAGAAGCGGAGCAGAAAGAGAAACCUGCACUGGGAUGCUUGAUCCAGCAACCCUCACUGGAGGCACUGCAGUCUCUUCAGUUAGAACUGGAGCUUGUGAAUAAGCAAUCCAGCAGGACCUUCAACAGUCUCAAGCUUAAAAUGAGCCAGAGACUCCUGCCCAUCCUGGAACACAGAAGCACCAUUAUCCAGAGCAUCCCGGGUUUCUGGACCAAAGUUCUUGUGAACCACCGUGAUAUGACUGUCAUGAUCAGUUAUCAAGAUCAAGACUUACUAGGCUACAUGUUUAAUUUACAGGUGGAUGAACAGAGGUAUCCCAAUGGCUGCUGCAAGAUCUCAUUGUUCUUUAGGAUGAACAUCUAUUUCCGGAAUGAUGUAAUUGUCAAGGAGUAUGUCAGUGGCAUUAGUGGACUGAGGCCAUCUCAUUCCACUCCAAUUCAGUGGUGCCAUGGUUAUGAACACAGGGCUUAUAGACACAGGCACCACAACUGCAGCCUUAACUUCUUCAGCUGGUUCUACGACCACAGCAUUGUAGGAUCUACCCGAAUAGCAGAGAUCAUCAGUAAGGACCUGUGGCCCAAGCCUCUGCAGUACUACCUAAAGAAGAGGAUACCAGUACAAGCAAGUGUGAGAAGGGCAGCAGUGGAAAAUGUAAGAGGCUACGUGAGAAGAUGAAUCAUCUACAGUGAGCGUGGAUCUCGUGUCUGCAGCAUAAGAGGAGAACUGAGAUCUCAUAUAGAAAUUUGGAUAUAUCUGCAAACAAAUAAACCUAAUGCUCCA